CAAGUAAUUGACACAGUCCUCGUGCUGGGAAUUGGCCAGUAGUUUAUUAAAUGCAAAUGACGACAAGAGGUCGUGGAAUACUUAAAAAGGAAUGAUGUUGAAGGUUAACUGGUGGACCUGUUUGCUGGAUCUUCUCAUAAAAUUCUGAAGGACCGAGUACUUAUUGCCUAGCAUUCGACCACCUUCGAACAGUCUCUGCUCGUGCUCGCAUCAGUAAACUACAAGUUGGCUCCGGUAUAUACGGCUCGUGAUAGAGCCAGUGAUUGCAGUCUUUGUCUAUCGGCUUGAACUUCCUUUAUUUUUAACAUUAGAUAGACUUCACGACAGGAUUCACAUCAUAAGACUGUUUCAGACGUCACUGCGGAUAACGAUGAAACGACAGCUGGAAAUGUGGCGGAUUAUUCUGCUUCUGGGAAUUGCCCUCGGGGCCAACACUCGAGCCCUAGUGCUCAGACCUGAGCAUUAUCUUCUGGACAUUGACAACGGAAUCCUCAAGAACGUCAAGCCGUCGACUGAACCACUGGUCAGCGAUGUUGAUUUAUCCAACCUCGGGCUGCGGUCGGUCGAAAAAAAUGCCUUUGAUGAGCUUGUCAACAUAAAAUCUCUCAGUCUUGCUAAUAAUUCUCUUCGAGAGCUACCGGAGUUCGUUUUUGCUAAUUUAACAAGUCUGCAAGUUUUGUCCCUCGCUGGAAAUGAAUUCAAUGAUUUUGAAAACAAUUUUGUGGGGCUCAGUAACUUAAAAAUACUCAAUAUUUCUGAUAAUCCCCUCAAGCAUCUGCGGAAGAGUUUUUUCUUCGGUCUGACCAAAUCAACUGACAUUAUAACGGAAGGUAACGAAUUUUGGAGUAUAUCGACUGUACUUUUUGAAAAUCCAUUUCUCAGAGAGCCAACGGACCCUGAACUGUUGAAGAGCGGGUCAGAUGAAAGCACUGAUAAGAAUCCCAGUUUGAGAAACGAAUAUGAUAACGAUGACAGUUUAGUUCUUGAUGAUAAUCUGCAAGUGAAGGUUUGCAAAACUGAACAAGGUGUCGUUAAAUCUGUUGAAGAACUACAGGAAAAUGAAACUUUAUCCUCAGAGUGCCGUCGCGCUGGUAUCAUUUACAAGCAACGUACUUUAGUGCUUCAAAACUUGAGACUAAAAGCAUUUGAAACCGGCUGGUAUAAACUAAAAAAAUUUCCUUUCAAUUCAAUAGACUUGACCAUGAAUGAAAUAUCGAAAAUCACUCCUGCAUUAUUGAAUGAUCUUCCUGAGAGUUUGGCUUUCGUGAAUUUGGCGGGAAAUAAAAUAGAGAAAUUAGAAAAAAACACAAUUGUCAAUAACCAUCUGAAAGUUAUAAAUUUGAAAGAUAAUUUGAUAACAGAAAUCGAAGAUGGCGCUUUGGAAAAAACUAAACUUUCUGGUUUCUUUAUUAUAGGAAAUCGUUUGAGGAGUUUAUCUUUUGCUUCAACUCUACCCAGUACGCUAACAGAAAUGAUUAUUUCGCAGAAUCAUAUUGAAGAAAUUCCAGAAAACGCAAUGGCUAGCAUGAAGAAUUUAGUUUAUUUAAACCUUGCGCACAAUAAUAUUACUGAGUUAAAAAGUCAAUCACUGCGGGGCUUAACUUCGCUUCAAGUGCUCAUCCUUACAGACAAUAAACUAAAAAAUAUUGAAGAAGGGGCUUUUCAAGAUACGGUUAAUCUCCGAACACUUUAUCUCUACCGUAAUGUAAUCAGUGAUUUGAAAAGUGGAUUUGCAAGAGGAUUAGAGAAUCUGAAAGAUCUUAAUUUAGCUUGGAACAACAUCACUAAAAUUACCAAGGAUACAUUCGUUGGAUUACCGGACACACUACGAGAUCUUCAUCUCGAUUACAAUGAAAUCGAGUCUUUGGAGAUUGGAAGUUUCGUGGGUGUACCGAAAUUUACGCUUUCUCUUGAUGGCAAUAAAAUAUCAGCAAUACCUCGAGGAACGUUCAAUCUUCCUUAUCUUCAUGAAUUGCACUUGAAAAAUAACUCGUUGCAGACAAUUGACGGGGACGCAUUUGAAGGUCUUACUCGUUUGCGUCGGCUUUCUCUGAAUGCAAACAAUAUUAAAAAUAUUACGAAAGGCGCUGCGAAAAAUAUGGUACGUGUACAUUUGCUUGAUAUUUCAAAAAAUCCGAUAGAGCGUCUAGAAAAUGGUGCGCUGUUCGGAUUACCUAAAUCAAAAGGCAGUUUUGUGUAUUUAUCUGACACUUAUCUUAAGCUAAUUCAAGGUGGUAUUUUUGAUGACGUCUAGGCCGAUGAUCAUCCCAGGUAAUGGAAGUAAGAGUCAAUUUUCUGCUGUGCUGAGGUAACAGCCGAUGAUUAUCGACAUUACAUAUACACAUUAUGAAAAUUGUAAUUUAUCAUGCAUGAUUAUAUCAACGUAAUAUUAUUGUCAACGGUAUAUAGGAUAGAGAGAGUAUAUUAUGAAGCGUACGGCAUUUAUGCUGAAUUAUACAUUGAGAACAAUUCUUUUGUGAUGAUUAUUGUAAUUUUUUUUAUUAUAUGAACACAGGAAAUAAGGAUUUCUUGGCACAAGUAAUUUUUUUGUAGGAUAAAUUGAAAAAAAAAAUUUUCGUUAAGACUAGAAAUAAUUUCUUGGGUCAAAAAAUUUUUAUUUGCCUCAAGAAAAUUUUAUCUGACCUCAAAAAAAUUUUUGUUUUUAAUUUGUACUACAAAACAUUAGUUGGGAAAAGUAAAUAAUUUCUUGGGUCGAGUAAAAAUUUUUUCUUGCGUCAAGAUAAUUUUCGUUUUUAAUUUAUAAUGCAACAAAUUUCUUGGUGCGAGUAAAAAUUUUUUUGUGUCAAGUAAUCAAUUUAUUCUUUGAACGAGAAAAAAUUUCUUAGCCCAAGAAUUUUUUUCUCACCCCAAGAAAAUUUUUUCUUGCAUCAAGAAAAUUUUUGUUUUCAAUUCAUAAUGCGAAAAAAUUUCUUGCGUCAAAUUAAAAUGUUCGUAAGGCGAGUAAAAAUUUUUAGCGCCAAAAAAUAUUUUUUUUCUGUGCAUAAAAUAAUAUACUAUAUUUUAUUUGAUAUUUGUUCUUCAUGUUUUUCAUAAAUCUAAAUGUAAUUGUACUAUCUCGAUGACUGUAACAAGAAAUUUCCCACGUAUAAUAACAUUUCCCGUUCCGGUGUUCCGGGGAACAAGACUCCUGGGUAAUUUUGUGGCAUUGACACCACUACACAUUUAUUCUGACUUAACAUAUUCUCAGUUCUCGCGGUUAUGAGUUUUAAGAUAAUUAUUAUGAUGCUGCAAAAUUAUUCGUUGAGAGACGUUCAGUGGUAAAUCUUCGGACGAAUCGUUAAUUUUGUUAUUUCGUAGUUGUUAUUUAUAAUAAAUAUGAUAAUGUAUAUAAUCAUCAAUUAUGUGGAUUAAUGGACUUUGCAAGAAUGAACGUUGAUCGCUCAGAAGUGAAGACGAUAAAUUUUGCACAUCACCCGACAUAUAUCUAUAUAAAUACGUACAUAUAAAGACACAGUCUGAUGCCUUACCGUUUGCAUUACCUGAAUAUUUCAAAAUCAGCAAAGCCGGUUUACUACGAGGAUACAUGCAGUAGUAGGUGGGUGCCAAUGACCGGUAACCCAGGAACCAGACUGACGCAAAGAUAUCAGAAAUAAAAUAUAUAAUCGAAUGAAAGCCAUAUAAACCAGAAUGAUUUUAAACUGGGACAUAGGAAUACCUUGACUUUCAAGCGGAAAUCUUUUCAGGUCGGGUUCGUUGCCCCGACAUUCGCGGAUCAUUCAUCCUGCUCAGUACCAUGGAGAAACUUUGUGGAAUCUCCCUUGGACAUAAAAAAAUAUUCGUAGUCUGUUUUGUUUUUUAAUUCUUGCCUUCGUCUUCCAAAAAAAAGAAAUUUUUUAUGAUUAUAAUUAAAUUACAUGGGCUAUUUACUUUUGUUCAAAAUUUCUCUUUCCUCUUCCGGAUUUAAAAAUCAUCUGGGUCAUCUCUCAAAAAUUAAUAAAUUUUUAAUCAUCAUUGUAAUGACAUUAAAAAAAUAUUAUUAUGUUAUUUAUUUAAUGUAUUAAAUUGUAUUUAUCUUACAGUUAACUUAUGUAAUAAUGAAUUAUUGUAAACUUAUGAUAUUUAAAUGUUGAAAUAAAAGUAAUUAAG